GGUACAGACUCAUCAACAGCAGCGGUUCAUUCUGGAGGACCAACUGACGCUCAGACAUUUUGCUGACCAACUAAAAGCUAAACAUCGACAUCAACAUGACAAGUUCUACGUUAGGCCACAUGCAUAGUUAGAGUUCGCCUCGUCUGUGUGUUUUUUUGUUUUUCUAAUAAGAUAAGUCGAUACUUUUUUGUUAUCACUUGGCAAUGAGGCAUUCAGACACCAAAUCCCAUUGAGCCAAUUAGAGUUUAGGUUGAUUCGCGUUUUUGAGAUGCGCUACGAACUGGGAGGAAGGAUGGCGGUGACCCUGACAAAGACGGUUAAUCUCAUCACAGGACUGGUCAUUGUUGUCCAGUUUCAACUGAGCUUCAUGAAGCUGAAACCAGUUAAUGGAGUCUACCGCACUGACACACAGGAGCUGUCUCCUCCAGAGGGAAGCUCGUAUGUAGUCACAGGGAACAACAAGCCCAGAGAGAGAGGGUGGGCACCCAGGCCCAGUUCUGCAGCCCCUGGCUGGGCGGCAGAUACAGGGGGUCUCUACAGAGACAAGCAUCAACCAGAGGCGUCAGAUCCAGAGCUGCUGACGGAGCAGGGACACGACAAUUCUACACAUAUUGUGAAUAUCGAUCACGCCUACUACACAUCUAAAAUCUACGGACCUGGAGACGCAGCGGGUAAAGAGCUGUGGGUGAAUAUCGAUGAGACGGAGGAGGACGAGUGGAAGGUCUUUGGCGUCCUGUCCGGCACCCACAGACAAGCUGAGAGAGUGAAUCUUUCCUUCAACUUCCCUUUUUACGGUCACAUACUGAAGGAAAUCACGGUGGCAACUGAAGGCUUCAUUUACACUGGAGAUAUAAUCCACCGACUGCUCACAGCCACUCAGUACAUCGCCCCUCUGAUGGCAAAUUUUGACCCGAGUCUGUCCAAAAACUCAACUGUGUUUUACUUUGAUAAUGGCACUGCGUUAGUGGUUCAGUGGAACCAGAUUCACCUACAGGACAACAUCAGUCUGGGAAGUUUCACCUUCCAGGCCAUUCUGCACACAGAUGGACGCAUCGUCUUUGCAUACAAAGAGAUUCCUAUAGACAUCAACAGCAUCAACACUGAGAACCAUCCUGUCAAAGUGGGCUUGUCGGAUGCUUUCGUGGUGCUUCAUGAAAUAGAGCAGAUCCCCAAUGUUCGGAGAAGAACCAUUUAUGAGUAUCACAAAGUCAACAUCCUCAAGUCCAAAAUCUCCAACUCUACGGCUGUGGAGAUGCUUCCUCUGCCGACAUGUCUCCAGUUCUCCAGCUGUGGUCCAUGUGUCACUUCCCAGAUCGGCUUUAACUGUAGCUGGUGCAGUCGGCUACAAAGAUGCUCCAGCGGUUUUGAUCGUAACCGACAGGACUGGGUCGACCUCGGCUGCCUGGAGGAGAGAAGGGAUCCCCGGUGUCUCCGGGUGACAGAUGUUGCAAACACCACAUCUCACCACCUCACACAUACGACCACUCCUGUUACGAUGACCACGAUGCAGCAGAGAACCUCCAGCAUGACCUCCACCCCUGUUAGCAAAAUGUCAUCCACUGUCACCAGCCCCUCUACACACAGCAACACCAGCAGUAGGAAAGUAUUCACUCCACAGCCUCCGACCAGCAAACCUGCAGACGAUGACUCAAAGAUGUCUCACAUCAACGAAGCAUCAGGAGACGAGGAGACCACAGGAGAGGGUGAUGAGCGGCUGCAGAUCGGUCUACUAGCGGGCAUCAUCUUGAUGAUGGUUGUCAUGGCAGCAGCCGUUCUGAUGUCAGUCUACAUGUACAACAACCCGACCUCCAGCGCCGGCCUCUUUUUCAUGGAGCGGCGGCCGACCCGUUGGCCAGUCAUGAAGUUCAGACGAGGCUCCGGUCACCCCUCUUACGCCGAGGUGGAAGCUCCCGGUCAGGACAAAGACACCGCAGUGGUGAUCGACCCCAAACAGUCUUUUGCCAUGUCCGACAGGAGAGAGAGCGAACAGAAAGAAGGAUUCAUUGUUCCCGAUCAGAGGGAGCGUUUCCUCGUCUCAGAGAGCUCCUGACCAAAACUACAUAUCCCAGGAGGCUUUGGGGCUCUCUAAUGCAGAGACUUGUUUUGGUUUUCAGUUACCUGUUGCUCAAGUUCAUUUUAAGAAUUUGAGCAUUCAGAGGGGAAAACAUCAAACCUCUAUGAGGAGAUUGUAACUACAGAAGACUUUAAGCUACAGUUUGGCUUCAUGUUAGCAUUAGCUAUCUGAGCCACUGGACUGUUUCAAUGCAAAGAAAAAGAUAAAAAGUUGGGUCACCCAUUCUUGUUUACUGCAGCAUGACAGAGAGCGAGAGGUGAAGCUGCUGAAUGUUUGUUUUUAGACCUUUUCUCUCAAAGACGGCUGUUAUUUUCCAGAGCAGGUAUGUGUCGUUCCCACACCCACUACACAGGGAGGAAUGUCAUAUUCGGGUGUCAUUUCCUCAUCUCAAAAAUGAGACUGAAUUCCUCACCAUUACACCCACCUUCAUCAAACAGAGCGCACAGCGUUUGCAUCUCAGAGCACAACAUAUUUUAACAGUUUGAAGCAAAUGUCUGCAGCUGUUUGAAUUUUUACUUUAUUUUCUGAAUUUAACAUUGAAGGCAGAAAACAAAAUAUGUAUACUACAACAUCUACAACCAUGGAAAAAUACAGAUCUAUAUUUAUUUCAGACAUUGUACAGUCAACAUUUUUCUAGCAUGCUGUAAUUGUUUUCCCAUUGUGUAAUCUGUAUAUUUAAGUUAGUGGUAAACACAGUGUAAUAUUCAGUAGCUGUACUGCUGACAGUUUUAGCGGCUUUAGAACUUUUAUUCACCAGCAAGUUAAAUUGACAGCUAAUGUUAAGAAGUCUAAAUAUUAUUCAAAUUAAAACAUUAAGAUUUGUGCACAUGCUGUGGGAUGUAAUAAUUUUACCAGUUUUAGCCGUUUUGGAGACCUAAAAGAAAAAACUCAAAUGUUAGUUAAUUUUUUCUUAUGCUUAGUGAUCGGAGUUUACCUGCUCCUCUUCAACAAAUUGAAGAAUGUUUCAGUCAUCCAUCUAAUAAUAAAGUAGUUUUAUCUACAUUUUGAUAAGAUGACACAAGAAUCAACAGUCAGUAACAUACAGCACAACUACACCACGUAAACAUACAGUACUAGUGUCCCAAAUUGUUUGAGGCAUGUUUAGUUUAAAACUAAGUUAAGGCAAAAAGGUGUCCGAACGGAUGACUUAAGACUGGCCUGUUGGCUGCAGAGGGUCAAGGCACUGCUGUGAUGGAGGUACCGCAGAUGAAUCAAGCUUCCUUAUCUUCUGAGAAAAAAAAUCAAACAAAAAGAGAGGGAGAAAAAAAUUAUUUAUAAUCCAAUUACAAAGUGAUCUGGGGUGCUGGAACGAAAGGAGUCAGACACCAGCUCUUGUUCAACGGGUGGAUAGUUCAUAAUUGUCAGAAAAAUACUAUAUCAAUGCAGUUUUGUAACAUUUUGUGACAAUAAUUUACAUAUAAUCGCCAAAUAUGUUAUAUGAUCAAAUAUAAUCUGGUUUGGAUGUCCAAAGAUCAUCAAAACAGUGUAAAGGGUUCAAACAUGUCCUUGAAAGUUUGUGAAUUAAAAAAAAUCUCAAUGCCUUGAACAUUUUAGAAAAUAGAUUUAAAUAGACUUGGGUCAUUGAAAGUGCUUGAAUUAAUAUUUUGCGCAGGAACAGAAAUUAAAGUUCUAAUAUUUUUUUACUUGAUGUUAGCAGUUAGGCUACGAUCUGCAUUCUGUUGUGUCUCCUGCUGUUUCCACUGAAACUGCACGGUUAAGACGUGUUCACAUAUUCGAGUCGCUCUGUUUGUUUUCUGUGCGUUUCUGUAAAGUCUGCCGGCUCAGUAUAAAAACUGUCGGUGUUAGGUCCUUGAAUUUGAUGUUUAAGAAUGUGAGGUGAUUAAAAGUACAUUUGCAAAUCCCUUGA